GUUACUCUGUCAGUUUUAUGUUUGUCUUAAUUUUUUUUAUAGCACGUUUCAAAAAGAACUUCUUUACUUUUAGCAACUGUUUAACUGGAAAGUACAAGAUUCAAGGGUAUUUUAAUAUAUUUAAUAUAAAACUCAAGAUUUUUAUAUUUUGUUAAACUCCAUGAUAAAUAAAACAUGAUAAAUAAAUUGAAACGGAAUCACAAAUAUUGACCAUUGGAGCAAUUCUCUUUUCUCUGGUUACAAAAGGGGUUUAUUCCGGAAAAAUAGUGAAUAAUUUUUAUGGCCUAACAAGUCCUUAGUUCUUUACCUUUUUCUAAUUCCGAUUUCUUAUUAAAAAUUGUGUUAAUACCUUAAACUACUCUGUUGUGAGCUCAUCAAGUACUGUGCUUGUGAGUCAUAGUUGGUUGUGUGGUAGAUUAAUCGAGGUGCGUGCAAGCUGUCUGUCAAAAAUUUCUUGUGGUAAUAUCAAAAUUGAACUUGUUUUGUCAUGGAAACAAUGGGAGGGAGCCAAAAUUAGGGUUUGUUCUAUUGAGUCAUGGAAUAGUUUAUUGGUGUCUUGAGUAAGAGGAAAAAUAUUUCCUAGAAAAAUGUUUUUCAUUUAGAAAUCAUUUAUAGGGGUUGCUUUGAAUUACACAAUAUAUUUCAGUUAAUGGUAAAAAAACAUAUCUGAAGUAUCAUUUUAUUGCGAGUUUCAUAUCUCAGCUAUCAGUUGUUCCCUUCUUACCUGUAAUAUCAUCAUAGCAUUUAUGUAUUAAAACACAACUCAAAGCUGAUUAGUCCAACUAUUGGUUGUUCUCUUUUUACUUGAACUAUCACGACCUACUCAACUAUGUGAUAAUACAUAGACGGUGAUAGUUUAGAUAAGAAAAGGGGUAGAUGGUGAUAGUUUAGAUAGAUGGUGAUAGUUCAGGUAGGAAAAGCGGGAUAGUUCUAGUCAAAAAAUGGGAACAACUGGUAGCUAGAGUGUGGAACUAUCAUUAACUCAAUAUAUUUUCUAGAGUGUGAAACUAUCUGCUUAAUACUAUGUUGCUUGGACUCUUCAAAAUUGUUGUUCCACCCAUAUCUGAUCGUCCUAAAAUGCACUACUUUUGAGGAUCCGACAUGCACAUGGAGGAAACAUGGCUGAAGCUUUCGUUGAAGUUUUGUUACAAAACCUUAGCUCUUUUAUUCAAAAGGAGCUUGGAUUGCUUUAUGGCAUCGAUGAAGAAUUAAGAAAGCUUUCAAGCUUGCUAUCGACAAUCAAGGCUGUCCUUCAGGAUGCUGACCAGGAACAGCUGAAAGAAAAGGCAAUAAGAAAUUGGUUGCGGAAGCUAAACAGUGCUACUUAUGAAGUUGAUGAUGUCUUGGAUGAAUGUGCAGCAAAAGAGAUCAGGUUGCAGGAAAAAGCCCGAAGAAUUGGAUGCAUUUCCAUGCCAUCUGUUUUUCCUUUGGAGAAUAUUUUGUUUCGUCGCCAGAUAGGGAACAAGGUUAAAGAUGCCAUCAGGAAACUAGAUGGAAUUGCUGAGGAACGUAUUAAGUUCCAUUUGUCUGAAGUGACUUCGAAGAAACGAUUAUCCACAACAGAUGAAGUACGUGAAACUGGCUUUGUUUUAACUCCGGCAGAAGUCUAUGGAAGGGAUGAUGAUAAAAGGAAAAUUGUUGAAAUCUUAACAAAGAAUGUAGAUGAUUUUCAAGAGCUUUUGGUUCUCCCUAUAGUUGGAAUGGGAGGUCUUGGAAAGACGACUCUUGCUCAAUUAAUUUACAAUGAUGUGUUGGUACAUGGACAUUUUGAUUUGAAAAUUUGGGUUUGUGUGUCACAUAAUUUUGACGAGAAGAGGUUGAUAAGAGCAAUCCUAGAAGCCAUAGUUGGGAAAGAUAUAAAUGCUUCCGAGUUAGCUUCUUUACAAAGUCACCUCAUAAACUUGUUGAGAGGAAAACGAUAUUUACUCAUUUUGGAUGAUGUUUGGAAUGAAGAUCAGGAGAAGUGGGAUAAAUUAAAAGCCUUACUAACAAUUGGUUCUAGAGGUACUUCAGUUAUUACCACUACUCGUUUAGAAAAGGUUGCUUCAAUUAUGGGAACGGUACAGCCACAUCGUUUAUCCUGCUUGUCGGAGUAUGACUGUUGGUGGUUGUUCAAGCAUCGUGCAUUUGUCCCCGACAGAAAAGAAAGCCCCAAAUUUGUGGAUAUUGGAAAAGAGAUUGUAAGAAGAUGUUGUGGGGUGCCUCUGGCUGCUAAAGCUCUAGGAAGUCUUUUGCGCUUUAAGAAUGACGAAAAAGAAUGGUUGUUUGUCAGAGAUAGUGAUUUUUGGAAUUUGCCACAAGAUGAAAGUUCAAUCUUGCCUGCUCUAAGGUUGAGCUAUUUUCACCUUCCUCAAGAUUUGAGACACUGUUUUGCUUAUUGCGCGAUAUUUGACAAGGGCUCCAAAAUUGACAAAGAAGAGCUGAUUUAUUUCUGGAUGGCCAACGGAUUUAUCUCAUCAGAGGGAAACUUGGAACCUGAGGAUAAAGGUAAUGAAGUAUGGAAUGAAUUAUACUGGAGAUCUUUGUUCCAAGAAGUGCAACAAAAUUCAGAUGGGAGGAUGUUGUUUAAGAUACACGAUCUUGUUCAUGACCUGGCCCAAUCUAUAAUGGAUGAUGGUUUUCAUGCAACAAAACUUGAAGGCGGGGAAAAGAUAUCGGCAAGCAGAAUUCGACAUGCAACAAUACAUGCCGAAGAUAAGUCAUUUGUUGCUUUUCCUAAAAGUACUAUGCUUUACAACCCUUCGACAAUUGCUAUGUAUGGUUCUUUAAGGGUGUUGAUUUUUUGUUCUGUUCAGUUAAAGGAAUUGCCAUCUGCAAUCGGAAAUCUAAUACAUUUAAGGUAUUUGGACCUUUUCAGUACAUGUAUUGAGAGUCUUCCUCAGAGUAUAUGUUCUCUUCAGAAUCUGCAGAUGCUAAGUGUAGAAGAUUGUUGCUUACUUCGUGUUUUACCGAAAUAUCUGAGGUAUCUGAGAAAUCUUCGGCAUCUUCGGCUAAGAGGCUGUCCAUUGAGUCACAUGCCUCCUCAUAUAGCACAAUUGACACACCUCAAGACUUUAAACAAGUUUGUCGUAGGGAAAAAAAGAUGUUCUAAGCUUAGUGAAUUGCGAGAUUUGAAUCUUCGGGGAGAACUAGUUAUUGAGCACCUUGAGAGGGUUGAAAAUCAUAUGGAGGCGAAAGACGCUCUAAGUUUAAAGACAAACCUCCAAAGUUUAGCUUUGUACUGGAACCGUUCCGCUGGGUGUGAGUCAUCAAAGGAUGUUGAUCUGCUGGUGCUUGAAGCACUAGAACCUCAUUCCGACCUUAAGCAUUUGAAGGUAUCCGGAUUCAGAAGUACAUGCUUGGCAAGUUGGAUGAGGGCUUCAAUUUUGAGAACUAUCAUUACCCUUUAUCUUCAUGAUUGUAUAUACUGCUUGCAUCUCUCUCAACUAGCUGAGCUUCCUUGUUUGAAAUAUCUUUCGCUGAGGGGAAUUCAUGUGGAGUACAUUGACAGUGACGUUGAAAGCAGAAUAUCCCAAUUAAGAAAGUUCCCAUCCUUGGAAUCACUUGAGAUGUGCAAGCUUCCGAAUUUAAAAGGAGUUUCAAUCAAAGAAGGAGAAGAACAAUUUCCAAGUCUUCACGAAAUGUGGAUUGAAGACUGUCCUUUGCUAACAUUUCCAAGCCUUGUAACACUCAGAAAUUUGAGAAUUAUGAAAUGCUCAAACAUGACUCUAGCCUCUAUCUCUAAUCUUUGUGGUCUCACCUACUUAGCAAUUGGUAACAACAAGGAACUAACUUCUUUCCCUGAAGAGGUGCUAACGAACCUCACCGAUCUUGAAAUAUUGAUGAUUGGGGAUUUCUCAAAGCUGGAAGUACUACCAAACAGCCUGGCAAGCCUCACUGCAUUGAAGUCCCUGCAGAUUGGUUACUGCCACCAUCUAGAGUCUCUACCAGAGCAGGGAUUGCAAGGCCUCACCUCAGUCCGUAAAUUGUCAAUCGGCUGCUCUGAUAGAUUGAAAUAUCUGUCUAAAGGAUUCCGGCACCUAGCUUCCCUGGAGGAACUUGAAAUUUUUGGGUGUCCAGAGUUGGUUUCUUUUCCACAAGAGAUUAAACACCUGAAUUCCCUUCAUCGCGUUCACCUUGGUGGUCUGCCAAUGUUCCAGGAUACUGUAAUUCACCCUGAGGAGUUGGUUUUCUGGCAACUGCCUGAGGCUUUACGCCAUGUCCACAAUCUGCAAUUUCUUUCUGUAUGUAGAUUCCCAAGUUUGACUUUAUUGCCUGAGUGGUUAGGCGAACUUACUUCUCUCAAGGAACUGAACAUAGUACAGUGUGAUAAUCUUGCCUCACUGCCAGUGUGUAUGGAGAGAAUGAGCCUCCAGUCCUUGAACAUUUUGGGCUGUGCGAUAUUGGAGAAGCGUUGCAAGCCGGGACAAGGAGAAGACUGGUACAAGAUUGCGCACAUUCCAAAAGUGAAAAUCAGUCAAAACUGUGAUUUUCUUGGUAUCAAUUUUCCAUCAGAGAGGUUCACUGGUCUAAGGCAAUUUCACUUGUAGAAGGCAUCACCGCUGAAAUAACAAUGUUGUAUUUUGAAGUUGAUAAUGCUACUAUUCGUGAAGUGUUGGCGUAAUAGUUAUGCUUAUUACAGUCCCUAAAGUCUCUGGAAUCAAAGGAUGAUAAGACAUAUGACUGUAGUAAGAAGAAUAUGGAUGUACUGAAAUGCAGCUUGUAGGUGCAAUAUAUCUAUAAGAAGAGGGAUACGGGAAUCCCACGAACGCAUUAGGU